AUGCAAAAUCUAAUAAUUUGGAGAAUAUGUUUGGUAAAAAUUGCCAAACUAACUCAUCAAUUGUACUUGCUAUUUACUGAUAUAGAAAGCAAUGAACGAAUUAUUUGAAAGAUCUCUGUGGCCAUGCAAAAUAAUUCAACUGUUAGCUCUGCAUUUUACUAUCCUAGCAACUUGUCCGAAAUUCAAUUAUACGAUAUAUCGAGUCAUUCAAGUAAUUCAAGUCUCUUGAAAGGAAAUCUAACCGUUUCUCUAUUUUCACAUCAAUAG